CGUAAUAUCCAGAUUCCGUUCUGGAGGUUCGAAAACAACUAGCGCCUACCAGUUACUAGCAACGUUGAGAGUAAACCGUAGCGGUUCACGACCAGAAAGUGCGAGAGAAUCGAAUUUACUUCGUGAUUUUCCAACUUGUUGUCAAGAUGGGAGAGCCAACAGGCUUGACUAACAGCGAAGCUAGAGAGCUAUGCAAAAAUCCAGAUGAAUCCACUAAAAAUUACAUCAUGUCCCAGGUCAUGUACAGGAUAAAAGAUCCUCGAAAAUCUCUACCUUUCUACACAGAAGUACUUGGUAUGCGGUUGCUCCAAAAAUUGGAUUUCUCUGAAUUAAAAUUCUCCAUUUAUUUCCUGGGAUAUGAACAAGUCAACGAUAUUCCGACUGAUAAGAGGAAAUGCCUCGAGUGGACAUUUGGCAGGAGAGGUGCCAUCGAACUUACUCAUAAUUGGGGCACAGAAACUGAUCCGGAUGCAAAAUAUCAUAAUGGAAAUUCCGAUCCUAGAGGAUACGGCCACAUUGGAAUAACGGUACCUGAUGUCGAAGUAGCAUGUGAAAGAUUUGCCAGAUUGGGUGUAGAGUUUGUUAAGAAGCCAAAUGAUGGUAAAAUGAAGGGGCUCGCUUUCAUCAAGGACCCGGAUGGUUAUUGGAUUGAAAUAUUGAGCACAAGAAGUGUGGUCGAAAUAACGAUGAACAAUUAGUAGCUAUCUGCGUAGUAAACCAGUAAAUUUUGUCCGAACACUGGUGUAAUAUUAUUAUACAUAGAGAUUAACAAUCGGUAAAACGUCGUUGCAAGCAUGUAAAAACUCUAUCCCUCAAGCUACAGCAGACCAAAAAUAUUUUAAUGAUUAAUUAAACGAUCGAGAAAAGUUGUACACAAUUAUACUUACGUUUCAUACUAAUUGUUUAAUCUAUUACGUAAAAGUUAUAAAUCAAUGUACCUAAUAAUUAUACUAUGCUAUUGCAAAAAUAAAAUCAAAAUAUUUAUUUUCACUAA